GGCUUCCCGCUUCAGCUGGUAGCCUGGUAGUAACAACAUUCCAUAAUCAUAUUAGAGCAUCAUCAUGUAGAACAACCACCAUUCCAACAAAUUACACAUUUUAAAUUUUAUUCCAUUCUAUUUCUAUUUCUAUUUCCAUUCUUUCCCCCAAUUAUUUCUUCCCCCAAUUCCGUUUCCCAUGGACGAUAUGGCCGCCUACUACCCUCCUCCUCCGCCUCAACCCCCACCACCACCACCACCAUCAUCCUCUCACUACCCAUAUUACGAACCCCCACCACCACCUCAUCCGGCGGCGCCUCCGCCUUCGCACCACCACUUGCCUCCUCCCUACUUUCCUCAUCAUGAAUCUCCUUAUUCAUCCUACGCUCCACCGCCUCUUCUCUCUUCUGCUGCCACCCACGAUGAGGUCCGAACCCUCUUCGUUGCCGGGCUUCCGGGAGAUGUCAAGCCCCGCGAAAUCUACAAUCUUUUCCGUGACUUUCCGGGUUAUGAGUCUUCUCAUCUUCGAAACCCUUCCCAAACAUCUCAGCCAUUUGCUUUUGCUGUAUUUUUGGAUCAGAACUCUGCAAUCGGAGCAAUGCAGGCGCUUAAUGGAAUGGUAUUUGAUCUUGAGAAGGGGUCGACUCUUUACAUUGAUCUAGCCAAAUCAAAUUCUAGACCAAAGCGAUCAAGAGCAGAUGAUGAAAGAUUUGGCUCAGAUAAGAGAGCUAGAGGGUCUCCAUUUCCAAGAGGGGCUACUGAUUUAGGUGUUGGCAGCAUGCACAUGCCUGGAAUGGGUAAUUCUGCUUACAACAUUGGUUAUUCAUCUGCACCAAGCCAAGGGAAUUUGGACAGCAGAGCUGUAAAUGAUCUUGGUCUUCCACAUUCGCAUAAUUCCUCUGCAUCACAUUCAUCACGGAGUAGUCCUCCAUGUCCAACUCUUUUUGUGGCCAAUUUGGGGCCAUCUUGUACCGAACAGGAGCUAGUUCAUGUAUUUUCAAGAUUCCCCGGGUUCUUGAAAGUGAAGAUGCAAGGCACGUAUGGGGCUCCAGUUGCAUUUGUUGACUUUGAGGAUACUGCUUGUUCAACCGAGGCCCUUAAUCAUCUUCAAGGCACAGUUUUAUACUCUUCACCAGCCGGUGAAGGCAUGCGAUUAGAGUUUGCAAAAUCAAGGAUGGGAAUGCGUAAGAGGUCAGAUUAAAUCAAGUGAACAAGGACAAGAGCUGUGUAGAACAAAGUUGUCCUCCCAAGAUAUUUCUUCAAGAUCUGCUAAAUUAUUUCGUACAAUAGUCAUAAAAGAGUUGAUCAAGUUUUAGUUACCUUAUGGUACUUUGUACCAAAUUUAUGUAGACUCUAAGCCAAAGAUGUGGCCCUCAUCAUAAUAAUAUUUUCCAUCUUGAUGAA